AUGCUUCUCAAUCGUUUGGCCUAUUGCAUACCCCUGAUUCCACGUAUCUGCAUCAGAAUGACAUCCACCAUCGUGGGUAAAUCAGGUCGGGUAUACGCUCAGCGCGAGGUGCUCGCGGAUCGCAAAGAUCCUAGACUCAGUGUCUUCAAAGCCGAAUCCCAUGGCCAGUCUUUUAUUUCCAUGAGAGUAGCCAAACCAUUCUACGACCUGUCAUUACGCCUUGCAGCUGAUUUCCCCGAGUCCCGUUGGCUUCGCAUGCAUGCUGAUUCAAGCGAAGAAGAGAACAAGAAAAUUCUGCAAGAGACAGGAGAAGCAAUACAAGAACUACAUGGCAAGAACUGGCUCCACAUGGACAUCAAAUCCGAUAAUAUACUGGUCAACUGGACUUGCGACGAAGAGGGUACCAAGACAAUCACCGACGUCGCUUUAGGCGACUUUGAUAUCGCCUUUAGGUUCGAUAAGGGAGCGCUGCUUUAUAAAACUUGUGCAACUGGGAGAGGUUUGUCGAAGGCUUCAGACGUUUACUCAUUCGGACUGGUUUGCAUAUAUACCCUCGGGGGUAGGGAACCGCGACUCAUCAACGAUUGUCCGGAGCUCGCUAAGCUCGGUACAAGCCCCCAGCAAGCAGUAGUGACGCGACACUUCUCGUAUUUUGGACCAGCGAACCAGGGUCUGCUCAAUGUCAUUAGUUGCGAGAAAUGGACAAAAGCUCUCAGAAUAUUAUCUAAAGAGACUGAUUUGUUUGUGCAAGACCAUCCAGGCAUGAGCUUCGAGGUGUGGGGGCAUGCAUUCGGCUCUGGGGCACAGAAGAUGAUAUCUGGAAUGACGAAGAUUGAUCCAAGGGCCAGGCCAACGAUAAAUCAGGUUAUGGAGCAUCUGUUGUGGAAGGAGGCCAUUUUGACGGACAGAUGA